CUUCUUAUUCUUACUCACCUAACCAAACUUUCUUAGCGUGUCUGUAUUCUUGUUAUAUACACGUUUGCGAAGCGCUUUUGAAAUUCGGCAGGAGAUAAUUUUAAAAAAGUUGCAACAUGACUGAUGUUGAAGCCAAGACUCCCACAAAGAGGAAGAACUUCUCAAAUGCACAAGAUAAAAAAGGUUCUGUAAAGAAGGCAAAACUAGAUCAUCUCAAGUCACCUCAGAAAGGUAUAUCACCGAAACAAAAAUUCAAUAAGAAAAACAAGAAAAACAGUGAAUCGGAAAAUAAUUCUCCCAAAAAAUUAAAACCGUUUCCUGGUACCCAGCCACCAGGAGGGAAAAUUAAAAAAAAUAUUAAAGAAGUAAAAGCAAAUGAUACGACUGGAGGAAAUGAAAAGAAAACAAAGAAAAGGGGCUCUUUUUACAAUUUAGAACUUCAAAUUAAAUCGGGUGACAAAGGUGUUCUAAAAACCAUUGAGGAGAAACUAAAAGCAAUUCAGAGCCGCAGUGAACUUUCAAAAACUGCUAGAAGGAAAGUAAAAUUAUUGCAGAGGUUGCAAAGAAUUGCUACAGGGGAACCUGUAGGGCAACCUCAACAGAAAGCUCCACACAGUAAAUCGGAAGCUACGAAACGCCGUGAAAGGAAAAAAAAUGCGAAGAAAGCCUCCGCAGAAUCUAGCAUAGUUAAAAAUGAAUCGAAGAAAAUUGUGCAGCAGUCAAAUGAUGUGAAAACAAAUGGAAAAGCUAAUAAAAAUCAGAAAAUACAGAAUAAGAAGGCAGCCCAGAAGGCCAUUCCUCAGAAGCAGGUGGAACAAGAUGACGAUGAUUCAGAUGAUAUUGAUUCAGAUGAAGAUGAGAUAGAUUUGGAAGAAGGUGAAUCAGGCAGUGAAGAUGAAGUAGAUGCUGAAGAAGAAUCGGGAGAGGAAGAAGAGGAUGUUGAUGAAUCUGGUGAAGAGGAAGAUGUAGAAGAGGAGGGGUCUGAUGACGCCGAAGAAGAGGAGGAAUCCGAUGAAGAUGAAGAGGAGGAAGAUAGUCCCCCGCCUCCAAAGAUCAAAAGAAAUAGUGGUUCAACAGGUGUAUCUUCAAACAAGAAACAGAAAAUAGCCAUCAGCAACGAAAAAGAAUCGAACAAUACAAAAACUGUUGAUUUGGAGCAACUGAAAGAAAACAAUUUAGUUGUUAAAAAUCAAAAGAGAUUUGUCUUAUUUGUUGGAAAUAUUCCAUAUGAAACUAAUAAACAAGAUUUAAUCGAGCAUUUUAAGAAAUCUGGGGAGAUUAAACAUGUUAGAAUACCAACAGAAAAGAAAACUUCCAAACCUAGAGGUUUUGCAUAUGUAGAAUUAUCUGAUGAAGAAACAUAUCAGAAAUGCUUGUCAAUGCAUCACACUUUGCUUAAAGGCCGUCGGAUUAAUGUCUUAUACACGCAAGGUGGUAAAAAGAAAGGGGAGGACAAGAAAAAGGAAAUUAAAGCCAAAAAUUUUAAACUUCAUGCAAUGCGAAAACAAGGCCAACUUGCAGGGAGUAAGAAACAGACUCAAAAGAGAUCAUUUCGCAGGGCUAAAAAAAAUGUUAACAAAAACGAAAAUGAAGAUCAGCUAGAUUGAGAUAAUAAAAUCUAGGGUGAAACUAUUAUGUUAAUUUAAUCAAAGACAAGUUGUUUCCUGGGUAUUAUUGAAUUAAGUCAACUGCGUUAACAUUAAGGGACACAUUUUCACUAUGUAUAAAACAUAAAAAAAUGGUCCCUCGCAUGUUAUAUCUACAUGCUAAAAACUGCAUAGACAUUUAUUUGGGUGAAUUAUUUUAGUUGUGUAUGUGAAAUAUAUAAUAGUUGAUUUAUGUUGUUAAAGGACUAAAUAUGACUGGAUUUUUAUAUAAGAUGUGACAUUACUGAGUAUUUUGCUUUUACUAAUAGCACUCUGUUUUAAGAAGAACAUUAAUUGUAUUAAAGUUAAUGUGGUGAAUAAAAAUAAAAUACGUU